GUCUCUAACCUUUGCCAGCUGUCGAAAACGUCGCAUCUUUUGCCAAGGCAUUUCACGAUCUGGCAGCGCUCAACACUCGCUCAACACCAAGCUUCACCAAUCCCAACAAGCCCGUAAAGCAACCACAGACCAGCUCAUCAAUCUCGCGCUGUCACAAGCUUAGCCUUCAUUGCAACAACAUUAUGUUUGAGCUGCCCGAUGCAAAAAGGGUCCGCCGAGAGGACCUCUACUCCUCCCCGCACUCCUCCCGGUCCUCCAGCCCAGAACACGACUACUCCCCAAAAGUUGCAGAGCUGCGCGCCAAGCUCAAAACGCGCCUGUCAGACCUGCUCUCCCUCUCGGUCAACGUGGCCUCCACCACCGCCGACACCGCCUCUCGCUCGGCAAAAUACGAUGAAGAUGCCCAAGAGGAAGGCCCGCACGAAGCAGAAUUUACCUUCCGUCUCUUCUCCACCAGCACGGCCGACGCCGUGCCCAAAGUCGUCCUCGCCCCCGACGACGAAGACGAAGCCCGCCGUCCCUACAGCGGUCCGGCCAUCUCCCAGCGACCCGUCUCGCACUACCUCCGUGGCGAGCUGACGCCGCGGGAGAGGGCGCAGUUUGAGUAUUCCGCGGUGACGGGUCAGGAGGUGCUGGCCUGGGCGGGGCAGAGGGCCUGGGGACUUGAGGUGCCCUGGCGGGUGACGAGGGUGGUGCUGACUGUGGACGGAAAGGAAAAGACGGGGAAUGGUAUGCAUGGGCGGUUGCAGCAGCGGCAGAAACUAGGGGCGCAAUUGGAGGAGGGCAAGAAGAAAAAGCGGCCUGGAAAGAAAACGAGGAUUGUGCUAAGAAAGAGAGAGAAGGCGAGGAGGGAGGCCGAAGCGGCGGCGCAGAAGCUCAAGAUGAGCAAAGAAGAGCAUUUGAAGGAGAAGAAGAAGCGGCUGAAUCACUUGAAGAAGCUGAAGAGGAGGCAGAAGGAGAAGGAGAAGAAGCUGGCGGCCAGGGGGGAGGCGGGAGGUGAAAGGCAGCAUGGCGCGGCUGCAUCGGGUGAGGAAGGGAGUAGUGAUGGAGAUGAGUGAUUAGAUUAGGUCUGCCUCUCAUUCAGUAUAGAAGGCACUACACUCGGGCAGGGCCUGUGGUCAUAUACCCAAGGUAUACUGGUGAAGAUGGGCUUUGGUUGGUUGUGGCGGGCAAUAUGGAUGGCACCAUUGCCUUUGGCAAACCAGCUCUUAACGCUACACUCCAUACCUCGGUUAAUAGCUAUUGUCUGUCAAGAUGACUGGGAGUUGGUACUUGGUAGCCAACAUUUGUGCCACUGCCAGCACGGUGAAAG